AUGUUUUUUGGUUGCUUAAUUUAUUUGCCAAGUAGCGACGCCCUCCCCAUGCUCAAAGCCUCUUUAGAGCAGCUCAGGAACGAUCAGAAGAUGACCCAGAGCCUCAUAUCGCAUUAUCGUGCACAACACAUGGCUCAGAUAUGUCUCUGUCUUAAGAAGGCUCUCGACGCUCCUGCUUCCGAGGCUGUCGAUCAACUCAAAAGAGCCAUAGCAUCCUUCGGCCGAAUAAACGAGUCAGGCGCCUAUUUUGAAGAGAUUCGGCAGCUGCAAUCUGGAGUACAGACAAUCAUUAAUCGUGAAAAGCUCAUUAGGCAGUACAAUGAGGAACGGCUUGAAGUGUGUAUAAAGGCUGCAGCCCGAAAAAUGCGCUCCUGCGCUGUCUUUCCCGAUGCUGAAACAGGCAGAAAACACCCAAGCCAAAUGAGCGGCUUUAGUAGUGACGGGGCUCAUCAGCAGCUGUAUAUGAAUCUACUGACUAUUCCAGACUACUUAGAUGCUGUUAAUCUGCUUGCUGUCUGUAGAAAGAUCUAUGUGUUGGAUAGUUGUGUUUUCAGCGCUUUUUACACUGCCAUUUCAACGGCUCUCCUAUUACAGGACUCCUCCCUUGUACACUUAUUAGGUAGAGACUACCGCACUUGUAUUCGUAUCCUCUACUAUCAUGCUCUGUUUGAAGAGGCGGGAACUACCCUUGACUUCGCAGGAUUGGGUACCAAGCUUUGUGAGUACAUUCAGGAACUGUGCCUCACAACACCCCAGCUCCUCACCAAGCUCAGCGUAGUGACUGCAGAUGCCAUAGCACAGGCGCUCAACUUCCAGGCUUUCGGGGCUGCCUUUUCUUCUGUGAUUACCACUAACAUUCUGGACGAACUUCGCGAUACUGUAUACACCUUAGAAGGGAGUAUUAAGCGCAUCACAGCCACCACAGCUUCUGUGCAGGAUUGCUUACAAUCCCGACACAUUCUAGAGAAGAUUACCAUGCAAGAUAAGACAGUGUGCAUUGACGCUCACCCCAGCUACAUCUCAGACAGCCAGGAUCGUUUGCUGGUUGCUCAAAGUAUCGUUAACCGUCUAGCGUUCUCGCCUUCCUUUUUAGCCGUAACCAAAGACAUUGAUGCUGGUAGUGUUUCUGGAUCUUUGGCAAUGGAGUUGACAACCGCUCAACUAGCUGUAGUUCAAAGGUCUAUUUUUGCUCUUUUUGGAGUGUCAGGAACAGUUGAGCUUUCUUUGCAGUACGACAGUAUGCUUGCGUACGGAACACGCUCAUUUUAUGCCCCUGCGCUGAUGCGGCUGUACUCCAUUAUCUUAGAGUAUUCAGUUGCUCUUGCGCGUCUUGAAAGCAUCUAUAAGCACCACGGCGUAUCAUGGCAGCCGGACUUGGCCAAGGCAUUAUUUCUUGAUGGCCUUUCUCGCAUGCUGUCCUCAUUUGGGUAUGUGGAUUGCUCUCUAGUGGUAACCAUUGACGAAGACCUCUGCACCAGAGGUGAAAAUUCUGAUGCCAUAAGGGCUCUGCGUGCAUUCAAUACAGAACUGAGCUUAGAUGUUAAGAAGCCUCUUGCAGCAGCGUGCCUCCAGGCCAGUCGCUAUGGACUCCUCACCUAUGCGUCUCUUCUAUUAGGAUAUCCUCCUUCAACGGAGCAUACGUUAUCUCUAGAGACCUCAGUCAUCUGUGCCUAUAAAACCGCGAUUGAACGACUCUGCCGAUGCUGUCUUUCAACGAUUCUUGGAGGAAGCGUUCAGCCCAGCGAAUCUCUUAUAAAUAAGUCUGCCCAUCUUCUUUCAUUUGCCGCGGAACUACUGAUCACAACAUUUGUAGGCUGUCCCCUGUUGGAGCAGUAUCUGAAGACACCACACGGACUGUGCAUAUCCUUAAUCGCACUAGUAAGUCAAGCUGUCGUUACAGCUCUCAUCACAACCAGUGAUCUUCGCCGCCCUCAAAGAUCAACGGCCUGCAGCUUUCUCAGCUCGCUUUCCAGGUUCAUGUUACACCUUGGCAGCACUGGGCCUAGAUCGUUGGUAUACUCCUGUCUUGGCGAUAGAAGAUAUGACUCCAGCAUGUACGUAUCUGCUGUGCCGUCAUCAUCGGAGCACGAAGAGAUGUGUGUGGCGUAUGAAACAUAUGGUGACACAUAUUACCUUCAGACGUGUAUCCCGCUAAUUGUCUUAGGUAUAGCAGUAAAGCGCCAAAGGGCACUCGCAGCAUUCUACAGCACUAAGGGGAUUGAUUCACUCACUGAGCUAAUAAAGGUCGAACAACAGGGCAAGGAUGCACAUAGAUUAUUCAUGCCCGGGGACCUGUCGGCCAUCAUCAGAACGUCUUUAGAAGAUGACAAUGAGGCUUCUGAGGCGGCAACUCAGGAGCUUAUCUCAUUCAUCAAGUCCGGGGCAUUUAUAUGGAGUGCAUAG